AUGGCGGCCAUCAUGCUGCGACGGGUCCGGGCGCUGCAGGCGGCAAGAGUUCUGCAGCCAUUCGCCUGGCCCAGCAGGACAGGGGGCCAUGCUGCACAGCUAGAGGACCGUCGGAUCAGAUUCUCUCGCGCGGCCAGCACCUCUGCGAGCGACGCCGAUGCUGCGGCUUUUGUCGGCAUCACCCCGGGGCUCACAAAGGAGGCGCAGAUCGCGCAGAAGAACAGCAAUGUGGACAAGGAAGGGAUCUGGGAGAUGCUGCCGGCCGCCACGCGGGAAUCCAUCAGCGUGGCGAGCAAAGUGCGGUUCCAGUCAUGGCUAGGGCAUGGCGUGUCUCCGGGGAAGGCAGCUAUUGUGCGGCUGUUUACUCCAGAGGAGGCCGAUGCCAUCAUCCAAUGCAUGGGAACCUCCGAGGGGCAAGCAGGUGUAAUGACGCCGUCAGAGACCGCGGGGCUUUACAUGGGCCGUGUCAACACGGCACGGCACCUUGUGGCAGACCACAGGCUGGCGCAGCACAUUUUCGAUAGGUUCCAAGCCUGCAUGGCGCCAUCCUCCCACGGAGGCCAGCCACCAGUUCCGUUCUUGUCGCAGAUGAAGUAUGGCGACCAAAUCGUGGCGGUGAACGAGAAAAUCCGUCUGGUGACCACCGAG